AUGGAUUCCCAGCAGAGCGACGAUUACGGCACCCAGCAGCAGCCAGAUUCCCCGCGAGCCUCGCGUCGGCCCUUUCACCGCCGACACCACUCGACCGCCGAACCUAGCGAAAUUUCUCCGUUGCUCACUACCUCUAGAUCUCGCAUACGUAUAGAUAAUCGCGGUCGCUCCCCUAGACCUGCAGCCCGCCUUUCUCGACACCAAAGCUACACAGGGAGUCUUCGCGGAACCAGACACCAUAGUCGGCAACCCUCGUGGGGCCAGCGCCUUAUCUCAGCUCUCGGUGAGGGCAGAAGCAGCUUGACCGAAUCCAAAGGAUCCAUCUUCCCCGAAGAGCGUGUCUGGUACGAUCAAUUCACCAGUACUGACUGGGUUCACGAUACUAUUGCCGAUUCGCACCGUGUCAAAGCUCUUCGUGCCCGAAAAGACUUUCGUGGCCGAAUCUUGAACGCCUUGGAUGGUGCACAAGGAUGGUUUCUGAGUGCUUUGUGCGGUGUAAUCAUCGCCUUGAUUGCAUACGCUGUUGAUGUCACGGAGUCUACAGUUUUUGACUUCAAAGAUGGCUUCUGUGCCAGAGCCUGGUACUUAGACGAAAAGAAAUGCUGCCCUAGAGGUGGCUGUGAAGAUUGGAAAAGCUGGUCGCAAGCAUUCAGAAUCCACUCCAUUGCAGCGCACUGGACCGACUAUCUCAUCUAUCUUUUCCUUGUCAUCUCCCUGGCUACAUUGUCCUGCUGGAUCGCGCUUUGGACUAAAACGGUUGUCGCCUCGUCAUAUCAACUCACUACUUUGGACGAAAAUCUGGCCGCAGAGCAGCUGCCACAGCCAGCGACGGAUGUCCAGGCGGACGAUAGCGAGGGUGCAGCUCUUGAAGAAGAUGCCUCGGAGCAGAAUCCGCCUAUGAUUUACUACACUGCUGCAGGAAGUGGUGUUGCUGAAGUCCGUGUCAUUCUGAGUGGGUUCGUUUUGCACGGAUUCCUCGGUUUAAAGACACUCAUUAUCAAGAUGAUUGCGUUGGUGUUUUCAGUUUCUUCUGGGUUGAGCCUCGGUAAGGAGGGCCCUUACGUGCACAUGGCCGCCUGUGUCGGAAAUAUUGCUUGUCGUCUCUUUUCAAAGUACGACCGCAACGACGCCAAGAGACGAGAGGUUCUUUCUGCAGCUGCCGCAGCUGGUGUGGCUGUUGCUUUUGGUGCUCCUCUUGGAGGAGUCUUGUUUGGUUUGGAGGAAGUCUCGUACUUUUUCCCUGCAAAGACUCUCUUCCGAACCUUUUUCUGUUGCAUCGUUGCCGCCCUGUCACUCAAAUUCCUUAACCCAUACGGAACGCACAAGAUUGUCAUGUUUCAAGUUCGAUACCUGGUCGACUGGGAAUUCUUUGAGCUGGGCACUUUUAUCUUGGUGGGCAUCCUUGGUGGUGCACUUGGUGCCUUGUUCAUCAAAGCGUCCAAAUAUUGGGCUCAAACAUUCCGUCGUCUCAAGGUGAUAAAGAGGUAUCCCAUGUUCGAGGUUUUUCUCGUCGCAUUGGUGACUGGGCUAUUGAGCUACUGGAAUGCAUUGACUAAACUCCCCGUGGCAAAGCUGCUGCUCAAUCUCGCUUCUCCUUGCGACGACUCGACUGAUGCGGAUCGCGACGAGCUCGGCUUGUGCCCCAACUCCAUCGAUGACAUUCCAGAGAUCCUCAAGACUCUGCUGAUCGCUUUCUUAAUCAAGGGAUUCUUGACUGUUAUAACGUUUGGUAUCAAGGUGCCUGCUGGUAUAUAUAUCCCAUCUAUGGUUGUUGGCGGUCUCAUGGGCCGCAUGGUUGGCCACCUGGUGCAGUGGCUAGUUUUGGCGGUGCCAGACUGGACCAUCUGGGGGAACUGCGCAACUGCGGCUGACGGAACCUGCAUUCAACCUGGUGUCUAUGGGCUGAUUGCGGCCGGCGCCACAAUGUGUGGAGUGACGCGUCUAUCAGUUACGCUGGCUGUCAUUCUGUUUGAACUGACGGGUAGUUUGGACUAUGUCCUUCCAUUUUCGCUGACCAUCUUGGUGGCCAAAUGGACAGCUGACGCUAUUGAGCCGAACAGCAUCUAUGAUCUUCUUACUUCUAUGAAUGCCUACCCUUUCCUAGACAACAAGCAUAAGCCUGUUUUUACAGGUACCUUGGCUGACAUUAUCACGCGAUUUCGAAGGGAGAGAAUUAUCGACAUCACCAACUCGCCACUUGUGGCAGCGACCAAGCUCAGAUCAAAGUUGGAAAUUUUGCAUCGCGCUGGAGAAUUGGAUGGAGGACUGCCAAUUGUGCGACACGACGUUCUGGUGGGAUUGAUCCCAGCGCCAGAUUUGGAGUUUGCGCUCGACCAACUCGAGAACGAGACGGCCAACUUGUGUCUGAUGGACCGAGUGCCAAGCAUUGACGAGGACGAGGAAGACGCUGCGGAUCCCACUGACUUUACGCCGUAUAUUGACCCGGCCCCGGUGGUACUUGAUCUGCGCUCUCCGACAGAUCUUGUUUAUGAAUGCUUUGUGAAGCUUGGUCUUCGAUACAUUUGCGCGACUAAGGACGGACGAUAUGCAGGCAUGAUUCACAAGAAGACAUUUGUGAGGCACAUGCGAGAGAAGGAGGAGGAGCAGAGCUAG